GUUGGCCAGUUUAAGUCUCCCACGAUCAGCGAACCGUGCUCAGUCAGUCUCGGUGUGUACGCGUCUGCAGUCGUGGCUAGCAGCGCAACGGUUGCUUCGACGGUUUUAGUGUAAUAUCGAUAUUAGACGGGUGGUUUGGUUACUUCCUUCAGUGAGCUGUUACGUGUUACGCUUGAGCGCCAGAAAGAAGUCUCGGAAGAAGUGCACUCAAGGACGAGUGCCGGAAGAAAUCGGAAUGCGGAUCCCAGCGGCCGUAGUGUUGUUCAGUGUGGUUGCGCUAGUCGCUGCACAAAACAAGGAAGAGAAAGAAUUCAAAUGCCCCGAAGGCUUCGGAAAUGGAAACUUUGCCGACCCCAGCACCUGCCGGAGGUUUUACCAGUGCGUAGACGGGUUCCCGUACAUUAACCGGUGUCCAUCCGGGCUGUUCUUCGACGAUGUGCAAAAGUUCUGCACUUUCAAGAACGAGGCCAAAUGUGGUCCACUGGCCAACCAGCCGACCGCGACCACGGAGGCGCCAGUGGAUCUGGCGAAGAAGUGCAAUCCCGCCGAGUGCGACCUGCCGUACUGUUUCUGCAACAAGGACGGCACCCAGAUCCCGAAGGGACUCAACGCCGAUGAGAUUCCACAAAUCAUUUUGCUGACCUUUGACGGGGCGGUGAAUCUGAACAACUACGAACACUACAAGAAGGUCUUCAACGGCAAGCGGCAGAACCCGAACGGCUGCGACAUCAAGGGAACGUUCUUCAUUUCACACGAGUACAGCAACUACCAGCAAAUCCAGACGCUCGCUAAUGCCGGACACGAGAUUGCGGUGGAAACGAUCUCGCUACAGAUGGGACUGCAGGACAAGGGCUACGAGGAAUGGGUCGGCGAAAUGAUUGGUAUGCGAUCGAUCCUGAAGCACUUCUCCAAUGUAUCGACGAAUGAAAUCAACGGAAUGCGAGCUCCUUUCCUGAAGCCUGGACGUAAUACACAGUAUAAGGUCAUCGAGGACUUCGGAUUCAUCUACGACAGUUCGAUCAGCGUUCCACCAAGCCCAAUUCCAUUGUGGCCGUACACCCUGGACUACAAGAUCCCACACCAGUGCAAGAGUGGAACCUGCCCAACCAAGUCGUUCCCAGGUAUUUGGGAAGUCCCGCUGAAUGCUCACUACGUCGAGAGCUACGAGGGAGGUCACUGUCCUUACAUGGAUCAGUGCGUGCUGCACAACCAUGAUGCUGAUGAUGUGUUCGCCUGGCUGCAGGAGGACUUCGAGCGGUAUUACUAUCAAAACAAGGCCCCCUACAUGAUGCCGUUCCACACUAACUGGUUCCAGAUCCGAGAGCUGGAGCGCGGUCUGCACAAGUUCCUCGAUUGGACGCAAACUCUCCCCGACGUGUGGUUCGUGACGGUAACGCAGGCCCUGACCUGGAUCACCGACCCCAAGACGCUGAACCAGCUCAACAAUUACGAACCGUGGAACUGCAAGUCCAGAACCACCCAGACGCCCAAACCCUGUAACAUCUCCAACAAGUGUGCCCUGGCCUUCAAGGAACCGACCUCGAACAUCAGCGACACCCGGUACAUGGAAACGUGCUUCGACUGCCCGGCCGUCUACCCCUGGCUGGGAGAUUCCCACGGAACGGGCAUUCCCGGACGGGACAAUUACAUCGACCAGAGCGGAGCGGGAGUCGGCGGUGACGAAAAGGACGCAGGCGAUGACGACGAAAACUAGCGAGUCUGAUCCUUUGUGAUUUGCCUCCAAGAGGGCACACUACUUUUAGAGUAUUUUAACUUUAUUGAAAGAGAAAGACAAAAACAAAUUUAAGCUGAGCGAUGGAGCGCUCCACGUGGGAGCCAAAUUAUACAAAAUGAAUUUCCUCGAUUGCAGGGAAGAAAUAUUCUAACUUG